AUGUCUGCAACUAUAUUGCUGGAGGUUCAUGCAUAUCUAUUAAUUAGAAUAUAAAAAUCUUUUCAAAUAAAAUAUUAUUUUCGUUACUAAAAAUGUUUUUAAUUUACAUCACUUUAUUAUGACCUAAAAAGUAUAAUUUGUAUUAUGUUAGUUUAAACUUAAUGCUUAAUAAACAUUUAAGUGUCUGAUACAUAAAUAAAUAUAUAGAAUAUUAAAUGUUUAUUAAAUUGUUUAAUGUUAAUAAUCUUUAAAUUAAAGUAAAUUUGUUUAAUUAUUUUUUUGUAAGCAAUCAAGCAAUCAAUUUUAAUAUCAGUAAUAAAUAGAAGUCAAUCUAAUUAAUUAUUAAUUAUUCCUUUUUACAAAAAAUUAGAAAAUUAAAUUUAAAUACUUUAUAAAAUGAAUAUGAUUCUUUUCAUAAUAUUUAUUUUACAUUUGAUAUUGACAUUUAUUCGUUGUGAUUAAUGCUCUGCUCUUUAGAGCUAAGAUAGCUGCCAAUAGACAACAGGAUGUAAGUGGGUAGAGAAUAAUUCAAAUAUAUUUUGUACAAGUAGAGACUUUGGAUGCAGUAAAUUAGAUUUAAAAACUUGCAGUGCCAACGAUAAGUGCAUUUAUUAACCUGCUAUGAGCGGAGGAUGCUAAUUAGAUAGGUCUGUUUCUUGCUAGGGUUCAUCUUAUAUUUAAUGUCAGUAUUUAGGAUAGAGAUGUAACUGGUAAAGCAUAUUUAAGUGUGAAAACUUUUCAGAUGGAUUUAAUUGUAGCUCAAAGAAUUAACAAUAAUGUACAAAUUCCUCAAAUUACUGUAGCUCUUAAUUUUAAUGUUAAGCAUCAAAGGAUUAAACUUUAUGUAGCUUCAAAAAUAAAUCUGAUUGUCUUGCAGCUAGCUCUUAUUGCUAAUACAGUAUCACUACUCCUUAGAGUUGUAAUGAUUUAGGAUCGUAUUGUAAGAAUUUAAGUGGUCCUGAUUGCAUGGCUGAUUCUAAUUUUUGCAGUUUUUAGCAAGUAACUCCAUCUUCUUGCACGAAUAAAUCUGAUGCUUCUAUCUGUGGAAAGCUAUCUUUGAGUGAUUGUAACAAUGCAUCAUAGUUUUGCUAUUAAAUUCAAACACCAUAUACUUGCACUAAUAAAGUUACGAAUGCCACAUGUGCUGGUUUAUUAGAUUAAACUACUUGUGCAUAAAAUAUUGGUUGCGCUUGGAUAAAUAAUAUUUGUAGUAUUAUAGUAGAUUGCACUACUUUAAAUUAGCAGUAAUGUGAAAGUUAACAAUACUCCUCUAUUUGUACAUCAAAUCCUUCUUAAACGGUUUGUUAAAAUAAAUAAGAUUUCGGUUGUUCAUAAUACAAUAGCUAGAGCUCUCUUUGCUAAUAAUACUCAAGCUAUUGUUCUUAUUAAUAAUUUACUGGUAACUGUUCUUCAAAAAAUUAUUGCUAAAAUUUGAAAUAAUCAGAUUGCCUUUCUGCCUCAAGUAAGUGUGUAUUUUAACCAGAAAUAGGAAGCUGUUAAUUAAGUAGUAAUAUUAACUGUAAUGGAUUAAACUAAGCUACUUGUUAAUCAACUUCUUAUUGUGUGUAUUAAUUUUUGAGUUGUAGUGAUUAAAAUUAAGACUUAUGCUCAGCCUUCUCACUAGACCAGUGUACUGCCAAUAAUAAAUUUUGUGAUGUAUCUAUUCAAGGAACAUGCUAAGAUAAUGCUUAAUUAAACUGUUAAAAAUAUUCAUAGUAGAAUUGCUCAUAAAACUAAGGUUGUGUGUUUUAUAAAGAUACACCAGAAUCAUGCUCUAAUAUUGUUAAUUGUUCAAAAUUUAGUUAGCAAGAUUGCAUAUAAAAUUCUGACUUUUGUAUUUAUACUUCUUAGAAUGGCAUGUGUUCUGCAGAUUCGUCACAAGUUGCUGAAAAAAGUUCAAUUUUAUUAAAAAUAAAUAUAUUUGCAUUCCUUCUUUCUGUAAUUUUAUUAUUAUGA